UCAAUAUUUGACAAAUGCAAAAUGUGAGGUUAUGUUCACCAUUGACAUUUCAUCGAAAACAAAUAUCAAGACCAUGCGUUUUGCUUUGUUAUUUAGCUGCUUACGGUACAACGUGUAUGUUCUCUUGGAAUAGAAAUAUAAAAAAUAACAAUUGAAAAUGUCGUCAGACUCGGAGUACGAUGAAAAUCCAUCGGAUCAGCAAUCGGAAGGCGAAAAAAAUGGGGAUCAAGAAAAACCCACUACAUCAAAUGGUACAGCAAAUGGGAAUGAUAUUGAAAAACCUGUUACUUGGACUGAUUUGGGUUUGGCCGAGCCAUUGAUUGAAGCAGUGAAUGAAUUGAAAUGGAAAGCCCCUUCGAAGAUUCAAAGUGAGGCAAUUCCGGUUGCAUUACAGGGCAACGAUAUCAUUGCUUUGGCAGAAACUGGAAGUGGUAAAACCGGCGCUUUUGCUCUACCAAUUCUUCAAUCAUUACUUGAGAAUCCACAACGUUACUUCGCACUGGUUUUGACACCAACCCGUGAAUUGGCAUUUCAAAUUGGUGAACAAUUCGAGGCAUUGGGCAGUUUGAUCGGUGUGAAAUGUACAGUCAUCGUCGGUGGCUUGGACAUGGUAUCACAGGCACUUCAAUUGGCAAAGAAACCACAUAUUUUAGUCGCAACUCCCGGUCGUUUGGUCGAUCAUUUGGAAAAUACAAAAGGAUUCAAUCUCAAAGCCAUCAAAUAUUUGGUUAUGGAUGAAGCCGAUCGUAUAUUGAACAUGGAUUUCGAAGUAGAGCUGGAGAAAAUUUUAAAGGUCGUUCCACGUGAACGCAGAACCUAUUUGUUUAGUGCAACAAUGACAAAACAAGUGAAAAAGUUGCAAAGAGCUUCACUCAAAGAUCCAGUCAAAGUAGAGGUUUCGAAUAAAUAUCAAACCGUUGAGAAUUUGCAACAAUACUACAUAUUCAUUCCCGUGAAAUACAAGGACGUGUAUUUGGUACACAUUUUAAAUGAAUUGGCCGGCAAUAGUUUCAUGAUUUUCUGCAGUACUUGCAACAAUACGGUGCGUACAGCAUUGAUGCUGCGUGCUCUUGGCAUGGCUGCAGUUCCUCUGCAUGGGCAAAUGUCGCAGAAUAAACGUUUGGCUGCGCUCAAUAAAUUCAAAGCCAAAAAUCGUUCCAUUUUAAUUUCAACUGAUGUCGCGAGCAGAGGAUUGGAUAUUCCACACGUAGAUGUUGUUAUCAAUCUUGAUAUUCCAACGCAUAGCAAAGAUUACAUUCAUCGUGUGGGUCGUACGGCUCGUGCUGGUCGCUCCGGUAAAGCAGUCACAUUCGUUACACAGUAUGAUGUCGAAUUGUACCAACGUAUUGAACAUUUGCUCGGCAAACAACUACCUCUGUAUGCCUGUGAAGAGGAUGAAGUGUUGGCAUUGCAAGAGAGAGUCAGUGAAGCUCAACGAACAGCCAAGUUAGAGUUGAAAGAUAUCGAAGAUAGAAAAGGUCAGAGGGGCAAAAAACGUGAAGGUGCCGAAGAUUUUGACGAUACGGAGCAGUUUAUGGGGGCGAGAAAACGUUUCAAGGGACCACAAAAAAGUGGUGGAGGCGGUGGUAAAAAAUUCAAAGGAAAACGUUAAUCUGACGAUUUAAACAAAAUUAAAACUACCAUUGAAUAAAAAUAAAUAAUAAAUUCACCCAAA